UGAGAACCAAAGGCUGGGAAUAUGGGAGUGGGGGCAGGAGGUACCCCAGCAAUGACUUCCCAGAGCUGGGUGCCAACCCCCACAUCAGCCAAUUCCAGGUGGCCUCAGAGAGAUCCCCGUAGCCCUUUUCCCCAGGGGACCCUUCCCUGAGUGCUGAAUCCAAGGACCAGGCUGUCCCUAUCCAGUAAUGCGCCCAGGAGAUGUGAGAUUAGUAUGGUGCCUGUCCGAAGCGGUGGGCUCUGUGAUGCCCAGGUCGGGCCAUGCCUCUGGCUACUCUGGGCUGCAGCCGGAGACUAGGAGGUUGCACUCAGCUGCAACCCGGUUCUGGCUCCUCUGCCACCCACCGCCCCGGGCCAGCCACGACUGGGGAGCCGCGCGGCCGCAGGCCCUGGAGCAGCCCCAAGAGCAGCAGGCCCAGAGGGAGCUGGGGGAGGCCCGAGAGAGGUUCCUGAGGGCCCAUCCAUGUGUGAGCGACCAGGAGCUGGGGCUCUUCAUCCAGGAGGUGGCUGAUGCCCUGGGAGGGGGUGCGAACCCAGAAACCAACUCGACCAGUAACAGCAGCCACUCAGCUUGGGACCUGGGCAGCGCCUUCUUAUUCUCAGGGACCAUCAUCACCACUAUCGGUGGGGAAGGGUAUGGGGCACGUGGAGGGUGGCAAGGGGCAAGGAGCUUCCUCAAGGGGGCAGGUGCAGGGAGAGGUAGGGGUUGCCAAGUGGCCCCUAGAUUUCCUGCAUCAUCCCUCUGCCCAGGCUAUGGCAAUGUGGCUCUGCGCACAGAUGCUGGGCGCCUCUUCUGCAUCUUUUAUGCACUGGUGGGGAUCCCGCUGUUUGGGAUCUUGCUGGCAGGGGUUGGGGACCGGCUGGGCUCCUCCCUGCGUCGAGGCAUCGGUCACAUCGAAGCCAUCUUCCUGAAGUGGCAUGUGCCACCUGAACUGGUGCGAGUGCUAUCAGCGAUGCUCUUCCUGUUGAUUGGCUGCCUGCUCUUUGUCCUCACGCCCACAUUCGUGUUCUGCUAUAUGGAGAACUGGAGCAAACUGGAGGCUAUCUACUUUGUGAUAGUGACGCUCACCACAGUGGGCUUCGGCGACUAUGUGGCUGGCGCUGAUCCCAAGCAGGACUUUCCAGCCUACCAGCCGCUGGUGUGGUUCUGGAUCCUGCUUGGCCUGGCCUACUUUGCCUCGGUGCUCACCACCAUUGGGAACUGGCUUCGAGUAGUGUCCCGCCGAACUAGGGCAGAGAUGGGCGGCCUCACCGCGCAGGCCGCCAGCUGGACCGGCACAGUGACGGCGCGAGUGACCCAGCGGGCCGGGCCCACCGCACCACCUCCAGAGAAGGAGCGGCCUCUCCUGCCACCUCCGCCCCGUCCAGAGCAGCCGGUCGGCAGGCCCCAACCCCCUGUAUCCCCAGAGAAGCCAGAGCCGCCUUCCCCGCCCACUGCCUCGGCCCUGGAUUACCCCAGCGAAAACCUUGCCUUCAUCGACGAGUCCUCCGACACGCAGAGCGAGCGAGGCUGCGCGCUGCCCCCUGUGCCGCGGGGUCGCCGCCGCCCCAACCCCUCCAGGAAGCCAGCGCGGCCGCGAGGCCCCGGGCGCCCCCGGGAAAAGGGCGUACCCGUGUAGGGUCAGGAUCCCACGCGGGCCCCUCAAAGGGCUUCGUUCCUCCUUUCUCCCCGGCAUGCUUGCCUUGUUUGACCAAAGAGCCUUCUGUCGACGUGACCGAAACCUGGGGUGCAGGCUACAGGUCGCCUCUCUGUCCCGCCCCCGCCCAUACCCUCACUUCCACCAAUUUCCAGACAUCCCCCCCCCCCCGGCCGGACCUGUCCCUCACACCUCACGACUGUGCCUCAAAACCUGCACCAAUAAAUAAAUACAGUCUGCACCGCUGCAGCGUGA